AUGCCGAACGAGGAUUCCGACGCAUUCAAUGUGAACAAUGUGUUCACCGAUGUUCCCCUGAACAACGAUGAUACCGAGAAACCAGCAAAGAAAAAGUCUAAAAAGUUGUCCGAGGAAGAAAAGGAGAAACAGCGUAAUAUCAACCGAGAAGCCCGAGAAAAGAAAAAGAAACUGAAAGAAAAGAACAAGAAACGCAAGAGAGGCGAACAAGUCAGUGACGACAGUGAUGCUGAGGACCAGGGAUCCCAGGAAAAAGAGGGUGACGAGAAGACUGCGAACGGGGAUGCCGAGAAGCCUGCAAAGAAGAAAUCCAAAUCUGAUGGAGGCGCCAAGAAACCCAAAAAGGACGAACAUGGUGUCUGGGUAGGCAAUCUUGCCUUUAGCACGUCGAGCGACGAUAUCAAAAAGUUCUUUUCCGACUGUGGAGACAUUACACGCAUCAAAUGCCCCAAAGGCGAUGGUCCCAAGAAGCAGAACAAAGGAUUUGCCUAUGUAUUCUUUGAAAAUGAAGAUUCAGUAGCGAAAGCUGUGGAGAAAUCUGAACAGACUUUGGAUAAACGAGCACUACUGAUCAAGGACGCGAAUAACUUCGAACGUAAAGAUGGCUUACCUGCCGCCAAUAGCAAGGAGGGUAGCAAAGCCAAGAAGGAGAUUCAGAAACAAAAGAACCCGCCCUGUCCUACCCUUUUUGUUGGCAACUUGAGUUUCGAUACGAAACGAGAAGCGCUUCAAGAAUUGUUUGCCUGGGCCGGUGAUAUUCGCAAAGUGCGCAUGGCCACUUUUGAAGAUUCAGGAAAAUGCAAAGGUUUCGCUUACAUCGAUUUCCAUACGGUAGAAUCGGCUACCAAGGCGAUUCGUGCUCCCGAUAAACAUACCUUGGAUGGUCGCAAGUUGCGAGUCGAAUUUGGCAGUGCGGAAGCUCAUAUGCGCAGUAAACCCUGGCUCAUGCGCAGGAAGGCCACGGGUCAAGACACUUCAGAACGCCAACAAGCACCUUCCGACGAUACAUCUGCAGAGGCUACAGAGGACCCCCAGCAAUCUCAAAGACAAGAACAAAAUGAGUCCUUUAAACAACAACGAUUACAACGAAAAGAAGCCAAGGCAGCUUCACGUCCACCAAAGUCUAAUGAACGCGUCAAACCAGGUCAGGCCCUAUUCUCCGCCCAACGACAAAAACCAACCGUUCAAGAAUUCAAAGGCACCAAGAUUGUGUUUGGCGACGAUUAA